AAAAACAGUCCAAGUGGAUCGGUUACAUGUUUAAACGGUAAUUAAAAACAACACCCCCUUAAUUCACGAACUCCACCCAACCACAACCACCUCGACUCUCUUCCCGACUUGCUAUGUUUGUUGUCAAGAGUUUUGUCUGCAAACAGCCAUGGUCGGCCACUAAUAGCAAUAGCCACAAAAUCUACUUGUUGUAUGAAAUCGCUGGCUGCCAUUUUCAGGUAUAUUAUAAUUAGCUUUCCUUCUUGCACCCUAGUUAGUAGUUAAGGUAUUUCAGUAGAGUCUUCAUUAUUCAACCUUAGCUUUCUCCUUUAAACUUGUUACCAAUGGUUAUUCACAAAUGUCGUAGAAGUUUGCAUCAAUUUCAUGUGCCAUAUCUUGAAUUUGCUAGAUAUUGUCAUUUUGAACAACACCCAUCUUUUUAUUCAUCUAAUUCAACAUUGGUGAAACUUCCCCAAAGCAAGAUAGGGAUUUUCUGGGAUUUGGAUAACAAAACCCCGAAUUCGGUUUCUCCUUUUGAGGCUGCUAUUAAGUUGAAAAGGGCAGUUUCUUCUUUUGGGAUUGUUAGAUAUAUGAUAGCUUAUGCCAACCAACAUACAUUUAGUUAUGUGCCCCCUGCAGUUAAGGUUUUUAGGAACCAAAGAAAGGUGUUAAAUCAUUUAGAAAACAAGGGCAUUAUCGAGUCCGUUGAACCGUAUGUAUGUCGGGUUUGUGGGAGGAAAUUUAACAUCAAUGAGAAGCUUAUUUCCCAUUUCAUGAUUCACCAAAGGGAGCAUCAGAAACGGUUGAAACAAAUAGAAUCUGCUAAAGGAAAGAAGAGGGUUGAUUUGGUGGGGAAAUAUGCAAUGAAGAUGGAGAAAUAUAAGAAUGCUGCUCGCGAUAUUUUGACUCCUAAGGUGGGGUAUGGUUUAGGGGAAGAUUUGAGACGUGCUGGUUUCUGGGUGAAGACGGUGUCUGAUGAGCCACAAGCGGCGGAUGUCGCUCUAAGGAGCCAUAUGGUGGAUAUGAUGGAUCAUAGGCGAAUACAGUGCUUGGUCCUUGUCUCGGAUGAUUCUGAUUUUUUGGGUGUUUUGAAGGAAGCUAGGGAGAGAUGUCUCAAGACUGUUGUUGUUGGUGAUAAUGAUGACGGGGUGCUUAAGAGAAAUGCAGAUGCCUGUUUUUCUUGGAGGGAGAUUUUGAUUGGUAAAGCUAAAAAGCAGGCAGUUUCAGUUGUAGGUCAGUGGAAAGAUCGGGACAUUUUGAAGAGACUGGAAUGGUCAUAUAGUCCGAAAUUGAAAAGAGAUGCCUAUAAAGGAAGUAAUGAAUGUGAUUUUGAGGAUGUUCAGAGUGCGGAUGAGGAAGCUGAAGAUUCAAUUGAAGAAGAUGAUGACCCUUUGCUCCGCAAAGAUGAUAAACCGUGGUGGGAAUUGGACACAAAUGUUGAUGGUGCAUCUUCUAAUUCACUGACUUGAUGGCAAACACAUUUGACUCUUAUGAACAGACUACCUAUGUAUAUUAAUAUGAUUGGUGGAAUAUCAUGGCUGCCAUGGAAAGAAGCAAAUGGUUCUUUUCACUUAAUCAUUGAGUCUUGAUACUUGUUUAGUUGGUCUUUUCUGGGCUUGGCAAACUUCAGGGGAAAAAAUCAGAACAUCAUCAUAAAAGGGUGAGUUGGUGUGCCUUCACCUCUCUCUCUGGACACUGCCGACAGCAAGGUACAAUUUGGAAUUCUGUUCUGGUUUAAGCAAAUAAGUCUCUGAACUUGCCCAGUUCUAUCCCCACCUGUGGUCAGCAAAAUUUGUAACGGCGCACAUGCCUCCUCGACUUUGUCUCCAUUUUUAGCAACUUUGAGACAACAUCAGGAUCAAGUGGAAGCCAUGAUCAACCAUGAUUAAAUUUGCCAUAGUAUGCAUUAGAGGUUGCAAGCAUGGGAAACAAUUUGGAUGGCCCUUUCAAACAAAAUGAGUUGUUACCACUGGCCUUUUGUUUCUGUUACGAGGUACAAUGCUAUGGCAUGAAUUCAUGACGAAUACCAUCCUCACAUAGAUUAACUAACUAAGCUAGUUGACAUCCCAGCAAUUGCGACUCCGACAUCGUCUUUAUGUGGUUAUUGUUGAUCUAGUCAGUUUAUUUAUGGAUGCCAUUUGGCUGGCUUUUCACACUCUGUUAAGUGUGAUGUACUAUGAUGAAAUUUUGGAUAUUGGUGUGAUUGUUUUAAGGAUGUGAUAAUUACAUAGUCAUUUGUUUUUGGAUUA